GGAAGUCGGUCAGGCUGCCUCUGCCCAAGGAGACGUGCUCUUCAUCUCCAUUUGGACAUGGCGGCUCCUGAGUUUACCGUCAGUGCCCUCGUGUCUGCGUUGCUCAUUUGCUCUGUGGCUGGUUACCCCAAUGGAAAAGUAGCAAUGUCCUGCGGUGAGAUGGCCCCCCAACAUGGCCACAGCCCACAGCCUGAGCCUGUUCACCAAAUCACAUUGAGUCAGAUGAAGUUCAAACCUGGAGACCAGAUCCAAGUUACCUUAUCAGGGCCAAAAUUUAAAGGCUUUCUCUUGGAAGCUCGUGAUGCCGAGGAUCUGAGUGGCCCUCCUGUUGGCUCCUUCACACUGAUUGACAGUGAAGUGUCACAGCUUCUGACUUGUGAAGAUGUCCAGGGUUUAGCUGUGAGUCAUACGUCUUCAUCCAAGAAGACCGAAAUCAAAGUCUACUGGAAUGCUCCACGCAGUGCCCCAAAUCACGUACGAUUUCUGGCCACGGUUGUUGAGAAAUAUAAAAUCUACUGGGUGAAGAUUCCCAGUCACGUCCUUUCGCAACCAAAUGCUCCUCCCUUUACGACGCCUACAGCGACAGCACAACCUUUGACAGCGUCACCUUCUGUCUCCCACUUAACCAAGUCGUUCAGUGCUUCCGAGUGUGGGAGCAAGAAGUUCUGUGUUCGGAGUCCUUUGAACUGUGACCCAGAGACCGAGCCUGCCUGCUUCUUCUUGUCCUUCACCAGAGAUGACCAGUCGGUGAUGGUCGAAAUGAGUGGUCCCAGUGAAGGCUACCUGUCAUUUGCCUUGUCCCGUGACCAGUGGAUGGGUGACGACGAUGCUUACUUGUGUAUCCGCGAAGAUCAGACAGUGUAUAUACAGCCUUCCUAUUUGACAGGGCGAAGUUAUCCUGUGAUGGAAUCCAGGGGGACCCUCGAGGAUAUGGCCUGGAGGCUGGUGGACGGCGUCAUACAGUGUUCAUUCAGAAGAAACAUCACCCUUCCUGGGGUUAAGAACAGAUUUGUGUUAAACGAAAGCUACUACAUCUUCCUAGCAGAAGGAGCCGCUCAUGAAGGCCGAAUUUUUAGGCACCCUCAGCAACCUUUGAUAACGUAUGAAAAGUACGAUGUGACAGGCACUCCAAAGAACGUAGGAGGAUCCCGCUCUUCACCCCUUUUAAAGGCGCAUGGUGCCUUAAUGUCUGUGGCGUGGAUGACCACAGUUAGCAUAGGAGUACUGGUUGCCCGGUUCUUCAGAUCUGUGUGGUCCAAAGCCUUCUUUUUUGGUGAAGCAGCUUGGUUUCAGGUGCACCGGAUGCUCAUGCUUGCCACAUCUGUGCUCACCUGCGUUGCUUUUGUUCUGCCUUUUGUGUACAGAGGAGGCUGGAGUCGGCGUGCAGCGUACCACCCAUACCUCGGCUGUACUGUGAUGACUUUGGCUGUCCUUCAGCCUCUGCUAGCAACCUUCAGACCACCUUUACAUGACCCAAGGAGGCAGGUAUUUAACUGGACUCACUGGAGUGUGGGCACGGCGGCUAGAAUAAUAGCAGUGGCAGCAAUGUUCCUAGGAAUGGAUUUACCGGGGCUGAAUCUCCCCAGUCCACAGAAGACCUAUGCCAUGAUGGGGUUUGUGGUCUGGCACAUCGGGACCGAGGUGCUUCUGGAGAUACAUGCUUAUCGGCUCUCUCGAAAAGUGGAGAUACUGGACGAUGACAGAAUUCAGAUCCUUCAGUCACUAACUGUUGCCGAAGCAGAGGGUCAUGUUUUUAAGAAGGCGGUGUUGGUGAUUUACAUAUGUGGGAAUGUGACUUUCCUCAUGGUAUUCUUAUCUGCAAUCAACCAAGUAUGAGCAAGUGAAGACUGGGU